AUGUCCUCACGGGCGGAUUUCACCGAGUCGCCCGGGCUGGAAGGACACCAGAUUCCUGGUGACACGCUGGCGCCCUGGGCGUGGCGGAGUUGCUUCGCGCGCCAGCCCGCAGCAGGACAGCGACGCGGAGGACUGGCUCGCCAAGAGCCGCGAGGAGGUGGAGGCUUUUGGCGAAGAGGAGGUUCUGAGCUGGCGGAAGCGGUGCUGAGAGCUGGCGGUCUCAAAGGCACCGUGGAGAACGCCAGAAGAGGCGUUGGCCGAGUGCUGAGCAUUCUCAGUGAAAACAAGGUUACAGGCCAAUCCUUGCUGCGGCUCACGCUGGACGAGCAGAUUGCAGCUGGAAUCCCGCUGGGCCCUGCAAAGCCUUCUGGCUGA